AUAUAAACUUCAAUUAUAAUAUGGAUUUCGACAUAUUUGUGGAUCACUCGCACCAUUUUAAUAUGGAUCAUUACAAUAAUCAUGGUAAUUCACAUGUAUAAUCAAAUUAUCAUGCUGAACGCUUUUUUCCAAAAAAUUCUACAGAUGAAUAGCAUAAUAACCAUCCAAAACAUUCUACAGAUGAAUAGCAUAAUAACCAUCAUAAACAUAAUAUAUUACCCUACAAUGAAGAUGAUAGCGAUGAUGUGUCGUGUGAGUAUGAGUCAAAGAGGAAUAAUUAAAAUAAAUAUGUGCUCCUAUAUUUAUUAUUUUUUUUUUUAUUGGGUAUCAUUUUUAUAUGGUUAGCGUAUAAAUCUUAUUAUUCCUAUGAGGGAUCACUUGAUAAUUAUAAGUAUAUCAUAGAGAAUUGGCAGUAAUAACCCAUAGAAUCAAUACGAUUGACUUUUGAUAAAUGCAAUUAAGGCGUAAGAAUUUUAUUUAUCACUUAGGAAAUAAAUUUGAUAUAAUAUAAAUGGCCUGGAACUAACAAUGGAUGUGAUUGCCCUGAUUCACCUAUAUUAAAGCAUAACAAUAAGAAGCAUUAAUUCUUGUUCCAUAAAGCUGAAUACGAAGAUAGAGUAUGCCAAGAACAAUAUAUGGAUUAUAGUUGCGUUGGAAUAGUUGCAAUAAAUCCUAUAGAUUUUAAUAGAUUCCCAUCAAAAACACAAGAAGAAGGGUUCAAACUGUGUGCUGUGCUUGAGAAAGACAACAGUUUCUAUUCUCAUCAUCCUAAUUCAGAGGAGUGUCCAAAAGGAUAAAUAAAAUGUGGAAACCAGCCCGAUUACUUUUAUUGUACUAGUUAACCCCAAUGUCCGAUAUUUGAAAUCGGUUUCAAAGAUGUUUCUGAAGUGUAAGAUGCGUAAGAAUAGACAGAAAAGGGAUUUACACUUUUAUAUAAUAGAAAGAGUGACUAUAAAUUACCAUUGGUGGAGGUGAGAGUGUCGGAAGGAGAAGGGAUUUGCAUGAAGAAUCAUGAGAGAGGGUUGACCUCUGGGAGAACAGAGUAUUCUUUAAUGAAAGAGGAAAAAACUGAAUGCGAAAUUGAUAAAAGAUUUAUUAAAUUAGAAUCCUCAAAUGAAGUUCAAUUUUAUUGAAUUAAAAUUGUAAAAUCUACUGAGAGGGUACGAGAUUUCAUCAUAAUAUCAAUGGGGUAAUUGAGAUUAAUAAUUAAGGUCUUUAUGCUCGAGGUUAUAUUGAGUGGA